UCGGUCCACUGGUCACCAUGAGGGAAGAUGUUCCACUCAGUGUUUGAGUGAUCUGUUUUCACUUUAGAGCAUUCUGACAGUGCAACAGCCACAUUCUCACUAUAUUCUAUCCGAAACUUCAUGAGCUUAAACCAGGGCCUCUAGAUACAGACUCCAGAUUUAAAUGCACCAUCAGAUUUCAUCAGUGUUCAGUGAGAGUUUGGAUUUGGUUUGCACACGGUGUAAAAGAGAGCCUUAAUAACUGUAGGUGAUUCUGUGAACAAUGAAUCAUGGUGUUAGGUGGAAUUUAAUGAUAUGACCUGAUUACAUGACAUAGUUUAGGAGUGUAAAGAUGUGUCCAGCCUGACACCGGUCGAAGUCUGAGACCCCAUCACACGCACUGGAAGGACACAGGUGUUCGCCAUCGAGUGGCAGCGCUAUUACGAUUGGUAGGAGCCUUAUUGAGACGAUAACAAACACCAUGAUCGCAUCAAGAUGUCUGCUUCCUUUGCUGUGAAACAGGGUUAAACUGAGGUCAUCAACAAUCGCUGUGAGCCAUGUUGCAAGUCACGACCUGUGAGACAGAGUGGCGGGCGACUGCAUGAAGCCUUCGUCUGUGAACUUGCACCAGCCUCCUUUCAUUAAUUUACAGAACGUUCACAUGGAUGCUGAGUUCAGCCAUUGAGUUACAACCCAGAUCCACAAUUAGUCUGGAGGCGACAUUCAGUUUCUGUCUAUAUUCAUGUGAACAUGUAUGUUGUUUAUCAUUAUGAGGUUACCAAGCAACAGAUGAAGGUUGUCUCUCCCCGACAGAACUGACCCAAGUUUCAGCUUGACAUGGAGAAAAUGCCUGAAGUGAUGUUUGUUCACAAACAUGUGAAGGUGAACGACAUGCGUCCAUUGCAGCUUCAGUGUUAUGACCAAAAGUUCUAUGCUGUCAGUCAGCAUCAACCGAAGAGGGUGGCGUUAAAAGGAAGGUGUGGUGGGCGUGACCUAGAUGACAUCACAGGUUUGAUUGACACCCGCUGGAGGUGUUUUUCAGUUUGACCUGUAUAAAAAUCCUGAAUCCACGUGUGUCACUCAUCUACACAACCACAGACAUGCGCAAAAGGCUGAUUCAGCUUCAAAAUCUGCGUCAGAGGAAAAAAGCGAAAGCUUUUUUUAUUUCCUUUUGAGAUGUUAAAAAACGCAGCAUUUUUGGAAGCGUUUAGUGAUAAAAAAAAAUUAAUAUGUAGGAAAUAUAUUUGAUUUGAGUUCAUCUUAUGGUACUAUGGUGAUGCAUUAAUAUUGCAUCAUAGAUUUGUAUUGGUUGUAUUGGACACAUUAACUGUGAUGUAUCUGACCCACAGCAUUCAGUUACUGAGGUUUUAUUUUGACGAGAACCUUUUGAUAUUUGCCGCCGGUUUCCCACAAUGCUAUGUUGUGGUAUAGUCUUCACAGGUGACAUAAUGUUCCCUGCGCUGCCUUCAGGUGCAGGUUGGUUGUAGAGGCUUUUUCAUUUUGUGGAUCUGUGCUGUGCUUUUGUGUGAUUAGCUGCAUGAUGGUGGAACAAAAACAUUUAAUGAAAUUUACUGCCAAUAAGAAAGUAUUACUGUGUACCGAGAAACAACCCAGGUACCAAAUAUAAAACCUCUAAGAAUUUGUUUUUAAUGAAUUGAUAGUAUAGUGUCGUUGUUCAAAGCGAUGGCUCACUGAUUAGUUCACCCUCCGUCCUGCAGGGGCAGCAGAGCCCGACCUGGACCGAUCCGGACACUGGAUCAGACACAGGCAUCAUGUUUAACCGAGAAGUGAACACAUGAUAUGCCGAUGAAACGUAACAAAGAGUUGAAGUACAACCGAACCCGUCUGCUUUAGAUGCUUCAGGAAGCAGACGUGUUUUCUGCAGACAUGUCGGUCCACGUGUCGUGCCUAUCGUUCCGGCAGCCAUACGCUGGUCUGGUUCUGGACGGGGUGAAGACGGUGGAGACCCGCUGGCGGCCGCUGCUGACCCCCCUGGAAAACCAGACCCUGGCUGUGCACAUUGCCUACCGGGCCUGGGAAGGAGAUGAGUGGCGGGCGGUUCUGAGUGGCCCGCUAGGAAUGAGCCCCGCUAAGAUACAAGCGCUUUUGGAGUCUGGUGAGCGGUUCGGCCGUGGCGUAGUGGCAGGAUUGGUGGAUGUGGGCCAGACCUGGCUGUGCCCUGCAUCCUUGGAAGAGGAGGAGCUACGGCACCUGGAGCGGUCAGCUGUUCUGAUUGGUCCACAGGAGAAGCACCUGACUCACCUGUCCAACCCGCGCUGGCUGAGGCAGCCACUGAACACCUGCGGAGGCCGUGAUCUUUGGACUGUGGAAAUUCCUGCAUAUAUGUUACCAUGACAACGGUUCUGCAUUUGUGGAGCAGCAGUCUAGAGGAGCUGACAUGUUUCAGGGUUGUUAGAACACGAAACGUAAGGAAGGCUGUCAAUUAAGAACUGAGUGUUUUUUUGCAGCAUAUUUUGUCUCGUGUUUGAUACUGACUUUAAACCCUUCCAUCCAUCUUCAACCGCUUUAUCCAGGGCCGAAUCAACCUCUAUUCUAUCCUCUGUCUCCCCCUGGUCCUCCUCCGAUGAACACACUCCUAUCACAUCAGCAGCGCUGCUGAUUGGUUCGAUGAUCUGCUCGUGUUUGUUUGCACAGCUAAAAUAAGUAAAUAUAGGUUCAGGACCUAAUUAAACUAGUAAAAGAAAAUAUUUCUGUGGUGCAGUGAGCAAACCAAGCAGCUUUAUCAGCCUGUCUGAAUUGGACGCUACAUUCCAAGGACAUAUUCAACCUGCUCCAAAAAUGAAUAACUGAAAAUGAAUAAAGGAAUUAUUUAAUUCAAAUAACUAAA